AUGUCCGAAGACAAAUUAAUCUUCGCUUCUGCGAUUCAGCAGCGCGAGAUGGAAUGCGUUCGAGGGAGUAACGGGUACAAAAUAUCCUGCAUACACGAAUCGCGAGGCCACCUCUCCUCACCGACAGAUUUCAACUCGCCUAAUUCCAAAGAGUUGAUUACACUAUCGCACAGCUGGAAAGGAAAAGGGCCCGUGGAGAUCCGUCCCUGGCCUCGGAAGCGAAACCGGGCGGGCUGCUAA